CGCGCGGGUGUAGGGAGUCGCUGGGGCCAGCGCCCGCGGACCAUGGCGACCCGGGCGAAGCGCCGGCGGGUAAGUCGCGGCUGGGGGCGCGAGCCAACCUUUCCUCACCGCGCUUCGCCGGCAGUGCUGGCCCGGACUCGGCUCCGCGCCCUGCGGCGGGUCCUUUGCCGCCUCUCCGCAGCCCCUCCCCCAACCCCAGCCCUUCCCUCCGCGCGCGUCGCCGGCUCCUCUGCCCCCAGCGAGCUCUCCUUGGCCGGUCCACGCCACUGCGCUUGCUUAUCUCAGGUGGCGGGGCCUGCAGGCGGCGACGACCCGGCCCCGGUGGCCGGCUUCCUGAGUUGGUGCCGGCGGGUGGGCCUGGAGCUGAGCCCCAAGGUGGCGGUGAGCCGGCAAGGCACGGUGGCCGGCUACGGCAUGGUGGCCCGGGAGAGCGUGCAGCCUGGGGAGCUGCUGUUCGUGGUGCCGCGGGCCGCAGUUCUGUCACAGCACACCUGCUCCAUCAGCGGCCUGCUGGAGCGAGAGCGAGGCGCGCUGCAGAGCCAGUCGGGCUGGGUGCCGCUGCUGCUGGCGUUGCUCCAUGAGCUGCAGGCCCCGGCCUCGCCCUGGAGUCCCUACUUUGCGCUCUGGCCCGAGCUGGGCCGCUUGGAGCACCCCAUGUUCUGGCCAGAGGAGGAGCGUCGGCGAUUGCUGCAGGGCACAGGCGUUCCUGAGGCCGUGGAGAAGGACUUGGCCAACAUCCGCAGCGAGUAUUAUUCCAUCGUGCUGCCCUUCAUGGAAGCCCACCCUGAUCUUUUCAGCCCCAGGGUUCGCUCUCUGGAACUCUACCACCAGCUUGUGGCUCUUGUGAUGGCCUACAGCUUUCAGGAACCACUGGAGGAAGAAGAUGAAAAGGAACCAAACUCCCCUUUGAUGGUGCCUGCUGCAGACAUACUAAACCACUUAGCCAAUCACAAUGCCAAUCUAGAGUAUUCUCCAAAUUGUCUCCGGAUGGUGGCCACUCAGUCCAUUCCUAAAGGCCAUGAGAUUUUCAACACUUACGGGCAAAUGGCUAAUUGGCAACUGAUCCACAUGUACGGUUUUGUUGAACCAUAUCCUGACAACAAGGAUGACACAGCUGAUAUUCAGAUGGUGACAGUUCGUGAGGCAGCAUUACAAGGAACCAAAAUUGAAGCUGAACGGCUCCUACUGUAUGAACGCUGGGAUUUCUUAUGCAAACUGGAGAUGGUAGGGGAAGAGGGAGCCUUUGUGAUUGGGCGGGAGGAGGUGCUGACCGAAGAGGAACUGACCACCACACUCAAGGUACUGUGCAUGCCUGCUGAGGAGUUCAGAGAGUUUAAAGACCAGGAUGGAUGGGGAGAUGAUAAAAGGGAAGAAGACAGUCUGACAAUCACAAACAUUCCCAAACUCAGAGCAUCAUGGAGACAGCUUCUUCGGAACAGUGUUUUGUUAACCCUGCAAUCCUAUGCCACAGACUUGAAAAGUGAGGAAGACUUAAUCAGUAAUAAAGAGGUCUACGCCAAACUAAGCUGGAGGGAACAGCAAGCCUUACAGGUUCGUUAUGGUCAGAAGAUGAUCUUACACCAGUUGUUGGAACUGACAAGUUAGCAGCUUUGCUGUUGCCUGAAGGAGCAUCCAGAAGAACUUUAUCAUCUAAGCUGAUACUCAGUGAUGCUUGAAAAGAAGAAAAAUUAGGGCCUUUUGCUUUGCUUUUUGUAUUAAAUGCCAAAAGGAAAAGUAGCAAAGUUGUUGUCUGGGAAGAACUCCAAGGUAAGAGUGAUGUGCUUAAGGGUCGGGAGCAGUAGACGUAGGAAUAAGUUUUAUAGCUGUUUUGUUCUCAGUUUGAACCAGUGAUGGGUUUUGUUGUUGUCUAGUAUUUAAUAACAUGGGUUUUGACACAGUUAAAAAAACAUGGUUCAAAUCCAAGUCUGCCUUUUGAGCAAGUCACUUUCCAAAACUUUUUCCUGCUGGAGGCUUUAAAAAGCUGUUACUGGGACUCUGAGCAAUUGUCUUAAUUCCAUAGCAGCCUAGAUGGCACAACUCGCCCUUAAGACACCAAUGACCGUCAAGCCCCCAUGUAAGGUUUGUAUUUUCAUUUUUAUUUUUGGCUGUACCCACAAAAUAUGAAAUUCCUGGGCCGGGGAUUGAAUCUACGGCUGCAGCCUAUGCUACAGCUGUUGGCAAUGCCAGAUCCUUAACCCUGCACCAGACCAGGGAUCAAACCCAUGUCUCCAUAGCAGCCUAAGCAACUGUAGUCAGGUUCUUAACCCACUGCACCAACAGUGGGAACUCCAGAUUUCUUCCAUUUAGUCUUGAACCUUUCUGUCCUCUUUAGCCAUAAAACUUGACAGUCAUGAAAGGUAAGGUAUAUUACAAGUGGGUUAAGUUAUAAAGUACGUAUUUAAAAUUUUUUAAAUACGUACUUUAUACUUUUUAAAAAUUUUGAGGGUAAAGGAUAUUUUUUUAAGGGAGCACUUUUGAAAUUGUUUACCCAUUUACAAACCUGCUCCAAUUAUUUUUCACUGUUGGAAAGGAAAAUACUUUGCAGUCACUUCCUUGUUUAAAUAUGCCAGAUUGGUUGGUAGUGGGAAAAGCUACCCUUCAGGAAAAGUUGGUGUUUCCCAAAGGCCCCAGUGGGAAGGCUGGGCUGUCCACUUUCCUCCUCACCACCAGCACUGGCUGCUACUGAGAAAGGCACGGUGGACUCAUGUGUGUGUGUCAUGACUUUAAUAAUUUGACUACAGUAUGCAUACACAUACAGGAAGUAGGGAAGCUAAAGCCCAAGAAUUAGAAAGCCUAAAAAAUACAACACAUGGACCAAUACAUUUACAAAACAUACAGAGUCCUUACAAAAGGGGUUGUAUUGGUCCUUUGGACUUUGUUGUUGUUCAGCUUGGCCUGUAUGGCCAUUCGUUGGGAUAAUGGGGGAGGGCAAUUCAUACUGUUUGAUUUUUCUCCCCCGAGUUUAUAAGUAAUCAGGAGGUGGGGGGCGGGUUAGGCCUGGUCUGGCUUCCCUUUAGAAAAAGAGGUGUCUCACAGGGCUCAAGGGGGUAUAAUAUGUUCUCCAGCAGAAAUGUGAAGAUGAUGCUCUCCCAGCCAGCUUUCGGUUGGGGGAAGAGGCAGAACAAAAACCCAUGGGAUCUCAAUUGUGAGCUCUUCCCAUGUUUGCUGGCAUACCAAAUUCUACACAAUCACAUUUUAAACUCUGUGAUUAUCGAGGUCCCCAUCUACAUUAAAAAAAAAUAAGUUACAUAAUAUUUCAAGUGGCUUUUUUGCUAUUCUUUGGGACACCUGGAAUGUCAGAAGACCUGGAGCUAUACCCUCCCCAGACCAAGUAAAUGGCAUCAGCAGCCUCUUCAAUUAUAGGCUGGGCAGGUACCAGUUUAUCUACUUGCACGAACCCAAGAAGUUCCAGACAAAGGUUUUCUCUUUCAUAUAUUUACACAAGUUCAAAAUGAUAUUCACAGCAUCUUCUAAAUUUUGGCCAAGAGUCAAAAAAAUGCAUUUAAACUUUGGAACGUGCCCACAUAGACAGGAAGCUGACCCAAACAGUAAUUGGGACAGAUACCCGAGAACCAAAGGGCUGGGAAAAUCAGGAAGAGCCGAAAGGAUCUUCAGCCAGUUUAGCAACUUGGUAGAGUGGGACUUCCAGGCUGACACAUUUGCAACAGAGAUGCGGUUCCAUCUAACUGGCACCUGUCCCUUCCAUUACUUGCUGAGCCUGCUUCUGUCCCAUGCAGCACUGCGCGACCGACUGGAAUAACCUAAAGAAUAGAAACAGUUACAGGUUUGUGAGAAAAGUUCACCUUUGCCUUCUUAAUCACCCAUGCAAACUGAAGCCAUCGAAUGACUCUCAUUAACUUUUAACUCACUUUUCAAUUUCUGGGGCACAGUGUACAAACUCAUGGUUCCAGAACUUGAACGCUGGGUUUUUAAUCAGCUCAAUGAAGGUAAUAAGAAGACCCCAAGGAUGUGGCCUAUUUACAAUCAACCGUUCCAAAAGAACCCUAGAGAAGGGAAAGAAGAGCGUUAAUACACAGAGAAAUACAGAAAUUCACCACCACUUCCCCAUUAUUCUUUUUCCUAACUCUUCUCCCUGAUUAUUACACUACAUGCAGAAGUUGUUAGCUUUACAAAAGACAGGUGGAUUAAUACAUACAUGUUUAAUGCAGUGAGAUUCUAGAAUUACAUAACAUGGGUUUGAAUCCCACCUAUUCCCAUUACUGACUAAAGGAAAGAAUAAUAGUGUCAAUAAUUAUUGACAAAGAAUAAUAAUAAUUUACAUGGCACACAGAAGGUGUAAUCAGUUAAGGAACAUACAAUGAGAGUAAACAGGAAACUAAAUUCUAAUACCAUUAGUACAUGUAUAAACUAGGUGGGGUAAUUCUGAAUGGUACAGUUAGAACUGGCUUAAAUGUUCACAUUCUUUGAUCUACCAACUGUACUUCUAAACUUAUCCUAAGGACCUAAUAAAGCACAAGAACAAAAUAAGUACAAGGAAGUUCAUUAUGUAUAAUCACAAAAUAACCCUUUAUCAUCUAAAGAUCUAAUAAUACAAUACUAGUUAGAGUUUUUGGUAUAUAAACCUAAGGAAUACUCUGUAUCUAAUAAUCAGAAACUACUAUUAGGCGAAGAGGCAAGUUUAAGAAGACUGGUCUAGUUUUUUUGGGUUUUUUUUUGCCACGCUUGUGGCAUGUUGAAGUUCCAAAGACUGAAUCUAAGCCACAGCAGUGACAACGCCAGAGCCUUUCCUGCUAAGCCAGGGAACUCGCUGGUCUAGUUUUUAAUGUUUGUGUAUAUAUCUCUUAUUAGAAUGUACCCAUUUCCUGAUCUCCAAUGCUAUAUAUAGUACAAACAGUCUAAAACAGAUUCCUGAUUAUUGUUAGGAAUACGUAUAAUCUUGUUAUUUCUCCUGCUUAAAACCUUUCAACUUAGAGGUAAUCACGACAAAUAUAAGCUCUUGAACAUGGCCUUUGAAAGGCCUUUAUGAUUCAGGACUCUGGUUAAAAAUGCUGACACCACCACCGGAGAGAAAAAGUCUUGACCUAUCAAAUGUUGGCCCCUUCUGUUGAAAAUUUUUUGUUUCAGCAAUUAUUAGUAGUUCUCUACUUACUUUGUUCACAGCUGUUUUAACAAGUAAAAGAUGCUCAGUGAACCUGAAUGCAAAACACUCAAUUCAUAAUAAAGGGGAAGAAGAGGCUCCACUUAGAAGUCUCUGGGAAACAGACUUCUCUCUUACCUUGUGAUCUGUUCUUGGAUAGCUUCAGUGUUGGCCUCUGCAAAAAGGUACAGCAUUGUGCAGCUGAAGUAGUGAGUGUGGCUAUUUGGGUACCGCAGCUGAUUUGCAAUUGCAUUCAAGAAGAGAUACCGACCUAGAAAUUAAAUUUCAGCUUAACAAAAAUUUGCUCUUAAAGACCAGUAUCAGAGGAAAAUCAUUUACUUCAUUGUUUUUCACAUUAGAAAAAUUUUAAGAAAAUUAUUUUAAAAAAUAAGCAUUGUCCCAAAAAAACUUAAUGAAGAGGUGUCAUUGUUUUACAUUCUGCUGGAUUCUCAUUUCUGUCCUUGUGUUCCCAUCUGUUCCAGUGUGGUAUUUCAUGUGGCCUCUGGAAAGCUCCACUGUACACUUGUGACAAAACUGAGUGUGAAAACAGGCAAAUUUAUUACUAUGAAAAUAGUUCUGACUUCACAGCUGUUCUGUAAGGGUCUUAGGGAUUACCCCCAAGGGGUAUACUUGAGAAGUGCUAGUUGAAAACUAUAUUGUAAUAAAAUUACCUUAAUUGGA